AUCGAAUCUACAUUGCAAACAAUUGUAAUUUCUCGUGGAUAUUGUUUUCUCUGGUACAAAAAGAAUCUUCAAGUGCGCAAUGACAUUGAUGGCGAAAAUCCCAACCUUGUUCACAGCUCUGGUGUUUAUUGGAGCGAUGAAUUUAUCCUUCGGACGGGAUCAAACCGACGUGAAAAAACUGAUAGAUCUGGAUUCUAGUACUCGAGCUCAAGUCUACGCUCCCACUCAAGCAGAUUUGGAUACCAAAACUCGAGCUCAAAUCUUCGCUCCAGGGCAAUCCUCGUUAUCUUCAUUCACCAACUUACUACCACCCGUUCUUCAGAAUUUAUUGCCCACUUCGAAAAAUGGAUACCCCAGCGCUCCUUUGCCGUUAUUCUACACUCCUCAAGCUGUCAACGUACUUUCCAACGAUAUAUUCAACAUGGCGAAUCAUUUGCUGACUCUAUUCAACAAUGUUUUGGGGCUACCUUCAAAUAUCAAUAUCCCGGAUCAAAUCGCCAGAUUAGAGAAGCUCAUACGCGAGGGGCAAAUUCCCCAAGAGUAUAUGCCUUAUGCUACAUCUUUUCUGUCUUUGCUGCGAGAUCAACCAGUUCUUCGAGCUUUGGAACAGAGUGUCUCCGAGCUUCAACGGUCGACUACGUUUAAUUUAUCCACUUCAGGGCAAGGUAUAAAUAACUUCAAGUUGAACACCGAUUUUAAUUUACCAGCUACUUUGAUAACUCCUUCCAUACAAUCUUCCUUUGGUUUCGAUUCUAAUCCGGAUAAUACAGCCAAGGUGACCAAACCGAGCGGUAAAGUUCCUCCUUCAUCGAGUGCUGAUGUGGAUGACGAAGAUCCGUUUAUUUAUGAAUGAGAGAUAAAUUCUCAUAUUAUUCAUUUAUUAUAUUGUAUUAUGUACUUGUAACACUUAUUUGAAAAAUAAAAAUCAUUCUCGCACA